AUGGAGAAGUUCGUGUUUGUGUUAUUUUACUUAUUUGGUGUUCUGGUGUGUUUGGGCACCGGUCAGCACCAUCUGCGUGCACGUGUUGGACCGUGGUCACACCGGAUUCAGUGGGAGAAUAACGGUCAGGUGUACAGUUUACUGAGCACUGGGACUCAGUAUCGUUUACCAGCACAGACACGGAGACGCGCUCAGCUUCUAUUGAGAGCAAACAACCAAGUGAACCCUCCGGCUGCGUCCAGAACCGGAUCUUGGGAAUUCAACGAACUUAACGGCCAUUUUCAACAAAACGAGCGCAGUCAAAUGGAUGUGUCGGUCUUUGGUGCUGAUGCGGAUCAGUAUAUACUCGCCUCGGGACGACCUGGCACACGCAGUCAGUCCCCACCCCGCAGCCAAACCACCACAGAGGCUGUGGGAUACUCCGGGUCCCUCCGGCCACAGUCUAACAGCAGCUCUUCAGCUCUUACCUCCAUCCAAGAGUUCUCCGGCAGCGGAGUCCCACGAGGAGGCCGUAGUACACUUGGAGAUGAUACAGGUGCACAACGGGCCAGCGCGUCACAGGCAAGAUCGCCGGAUUUUACGCACAGUCGAGGCGGCAGAACCAGGUCCCAGAGCACGGAUUCAACUGUUCGAUCACCUGCCACAUCAAUAUGGGUGACCACGGCAGAGGACGCUGGGAAUGCACGAAGUAUAACCCAGGAGACCACGCUGGGAGACGCUCCCAGUGCGCGUGGUGUGCAAAGAGCGCACACUCUGACCAGAGUCACGCCAGAGUUAAUUGUUUCUCCCACAGCGCUGUACAGCAACGCUGUAGAAUUACAAUUUCCACGUAGAGGGCCCGAUGCCUCACGCACUACAGACGCGAGUGACCCACGAGACCCGCACAGUAUUCAUCACAGGAACUCGGUUUUCUAUAACGUUUACCCACCAGACCGCAGGAACAGGCUGAGUGCGCGCCCUCCACCAGGAACCGGCUACGGGACCAGGUUCUUCCACAACGGUCUUCCAGAUUUGGUUCCUGACCCUUACUACAUCCAAGCAGCCUCGUACAUUCAGAGAGCACAGAUGUAUGCACUUCGCUGUGCCGCUGAGGAGAACUGUCUUUCCAGCUCUGCAUAUCACCCGAGUGUGAGUGACCUCGACUAUCGAGUUCUGCUGCGCUUCCCACAGCGAGUGAAGAACCAGGGAACAGCAGACUUCCUCCCAGUGAGACCAAGGCAUGAGUGGGAGUGGCACAGCUGUCACCAGCAUUACCACAGCAUGGAAGCAUUUAGUAACUACGACCUGCUGGAUGUCUCCACUGGACAGAAGGUUGCUGAGGGACACAAAGCCAGUUUCUGUCUAGAGGACACGUCGUGUGAUGCAGGAGUACGGCGACGCUUUGCCUGCACUACUCACACACAAGGUCUGAGUCCUGGAUGCUAUGACACGUACCACGCCAACAUCGACUGCCAGUGGAUCGACAUCACUGAUGUGCCGCCGGGGAACUACAUACUCAAGGUAACGGUGAACCCCUCUCACCUGGUCGAGGAGUCUGACUUCUCCAACAACGAGGUUCAGUGUGACAUCAGGUACACGGGAAGCUACGUCCAGGCGAGAAACUGCAGGAUCGUUGUGAGCUGACCUGACAGAAGACUGAACAUCUCACAGGCAAACUUGUACUUAAUCUCUUCUUACUGCUCCUAAUGAGCAGCUGCUGAUACCAUCAUCAGUUUGCUUCUAAAUGAAUCUGUAUUUAUAUGAUAUAUUGUAUCCAAAGCCAGGAUGGCUCAAUUUGACCUUUUACUUAUUUAUAUGAAUAUUCAUUUUAAGUGGAUUUUUAAGCAAUGCGAGACUGUGCUGUUAGCUGUUAUUGUGAGACUGACUUGGUGCUUACUGUGGGGAAGCAGUGGUGCUCCAGCUUUCCUCCAUCACAUCUAUUAGGAUUUUGUCAGAGACCAGCAAAUAUACCCUGAAGUAUACAGC